UUUAAAAACAUUUUGUUAAACUUCACCUUACAGUCCACUAAAGCAUAACCUAAUCGCACUCCGCUCUCCGCACUCCGCUAUUGCACCUCCCUCGACGGCACCUCAGGCGCACUCGUUUUCGGUUCCGAUUGCAUUGAAUCAAAUCUGAGAACCAUUCUCAUUGCCCGUGUAGUCUGUAAUCAUGUCAGGAAAGUAUAUCAUUUCUGCUAUUCUUGGAUCAUUUGGAGUUGCAUGGGUUUGUGAUUAUUAUGUUUCAGAGAAAAAGCUAUUUGGAGGUUCUACCCCUGGCACUAUUACGAACAAUGAGUGGGCAGAAGAGACUGACAAAAAAUUGCAGGCAUGGCCUCGUACUGCCGGUCCACCAGUGGUCAUGAAUCCCAUAAGUCGCCGAAAUUUCAUUGUGAAGUCUCGCCCUGAGUAAUAAUAUUUUUUGAUUGAUUUUGAGUUAAUUGGUGCACCUUGGUCAUGGGAUAUGUUUCCAUAAAUGAUGAUAAUGUUUGAGGUCAAACCCUUGCAGUUCAAUUAGUGUUUUGAUGUUUAAACAUGUGAAUGUUUACUAAUAAAAUGUUACUUAAGCAAUUGUGGAUUGAUUAAUGCAUAUUCAUGUAUUCAAAUUCUAUGUUUAGUCUUUACCUUGGUAUGAAUGGGAAUCAAAGCCUAAAAUUAUGUUUA